AUGUUAAUCAAAAUUCUCCCAAACACUCGGUUAGCGGUAGGAUGCCAGGAAACACUUAACUCAAAUGUGACAAUUGAUGGACUGCCAAAUGAACUGCUAAAACGUAUCUUUGAAUCCUUGCCGAAUCCAGCUUCUGUAUCGAUGGUUUGCCGACGUUGGUUGGCUCUUUCCGAUUUGCGUCCCACUGAAAAACUGGCUUUUACAUUUGGAUGUGGUCAGAGCCGCUACAAUUGUGGAGCUGAACAUGCGUCGGUUGAGCUUUGCCAAUGUAAUGGAAGUGAUGCGUGUCAUGUUUUAGAAAGUCUUCUACCCAAGAUCUCAGCCAGGGUCCGAUCACUAUCUGUAGAUGAUGAUCUGCUGCAUGGAGAGACGGUAUCAAAUCAACAGCUCUUCCUUUUAAUCACAAAAUGUGGCACUGAAAGCUUAAAUGAACUACACUUCACCGGGGUCAAUUUCUCUGCCAUUCAGCCCUGGACAUUUAUCUUACUAAUUAAAUGCACCAGCCUGCGCGAGGUCUAUUUUGAUGACUGCAGCUUUGGACGCUGGGCCGAGGCCGAAUUCUUUCUGGGAAGGAUCCUGUCUAGCUCGUUUAAAACGCUGACUACUGUUUCGAUCACGAACUGCCCGGCAAUUACGGAUAAAACAGCCAACCUGAUCUCAAAGGAAUGCCCAGAACUGGAGAAUUUGAAUUUGUCUGGAUGUGAAAAUGUAACUUCCACAUCAAUUGUAUCGCUCCUUGAAAGGGCUCCUUUUCGGAAGAAGCAACUUCUGAAUGUAAAUCUGGAGAGGACCGAUUUCUGUUUGACCCUGCUCCGCGAGCAAAUCAACUCUCCCUACAGUAUGAUGCGUGGAAAGUGGAAGUUUGUAGUGCUGAACACACUAAUUGGCUAUGAGAAGCCAGUUCUCUAUGGAGCUUGUGCUGAUGGGUAUCACAUGUAUAUUAAUUAUACCCCCAGCUCCGAACGACGUCCGAAACCCCAU